UAUAUAAUGUUAAUAUCUUGAUAAAUAAUAUUAAAUAAUUUUUCAUCAAAUCAAGUGUUGUAAAAUUUAUUUAUCUGCAUGAAAAGUAAUUUAUUCAAAAGUGAAGUGUUAUAACAGACAAAUUGAUAUUACUACUACAACAAUUGUUAAACGACAGUUCAAUGAGUGUCGAAUAAGACGGUCAAGUUCCUUUGAGUUGCUAAGAGAGAAAAAUAACGACAAAAUGUGUGAAACGGUACCGAGAACAUGGUUAGGCAAACCAGAAUUACAUUACAGUAGCAUAGGAGUUCCUGCAAGUUCACUAUCACCUCCUGCUACCCUCUCGCCGCCAAGUAGUCCGAGUAUUUUGCCAACUUCACCCUGGAGUCCAGGUGGUCUCACCGGUGGUAGUAAUAGCUCCUGCAACGGAAUCCAAAAUCCACCGACGGCUGGUCAGCUUGCACCUGACCAACGAUUCGGGGCCUUCACCUUUGUAUCCAACUAUAAUUCUGAUUUAAAACUUCAGAAACAAACACACACUCCAGAAGCUACAUCAAGAAAUCUUACAGACAUGUGUUGUGGUUUGAUGUAUGGUGGAUACGGCACAACCUGGUGGGCUCAUCAUGCGGUGGGCCUUUUGCUGCCUCAUUCUCUUUUACCGCCACGAAUUCCUUCGCAGUCGACGACAUCCACAACUGAAUGCACGCCAAUUCAUCACGAACCAGCUAGUCCAGCCAAAGCAACCUCACCCAUCAGAUGCACACCCGAUCGAUCUCCAUUCGUUGUUGAAGGUGCUGCGCGUUUUUCAGAAGAUGAAGUACCAUUAAAUCUUAGCACAAAACCAAAUGAUGUAUCGUCAAGUAUUAAUCGCAAGUGCGAGAUAUGGUCACCAGGUUCAGUAUGUGAACGUGAAGCGAGGGAAACUACUACUCAGAAUUCACCGUUAACUACCACACCAAUAAUAACACGGCAGAUUCACCAUUCACCCCUCACACCUCCAUCAUCUAACGAGCGAACAUUUCAGUGCAAACAAUGUGGUAAAGCGUUUAAGAGAUCUAGUACAUUAAGCACGCAUCUUCUCAUUCACUCAGAUACCCGACCUUACCCUUGUCAAUACUGCGGUAAAAGAUUCCAUCAAAAGUCUGAUAUGAAGAAGCAUACGUAUAUUCACACUGGAGAGAAGCCACAUAAAUGUGUCGUAUGUGGAAAAGCUUUCUCACAAAGUAGCAAUUUAAUAACACAUAUGAGAAAGCAUACAGGUUACAAACCCUUUCAAUGCGGACUUUGUGAUAAAGCAUUUCAAAGAAAAGUCGAUUUAAGACGACAUCGAGAAGGACAGCAUCCAUCUGCACCUGCUUUAGAUUAUCGUUCAAUUCAAGCACUCAGUUCUCCAUGCCAUUCACAAUCACCACCAAUUCACGUUCCAACUUCAAAUUAUCUCAUGAUAUCUGCUCAAGAUAGCAGCUGAGGUAGAAAAAUAUAUUGAGAAAAAAUUAUUAAACAAACUAUCGGCUGGACCAAGAAAUUUUAUUACCGAAACCUUUCAAUACAAACUCAUAAAUAAAAUAUAACACAUCAAUACAUCAAUGCUGUAUCAAUCAGUUGAUUAAGAUAAAUUUUUGAAAUUACUCUGUUCUAAAAUAUUGACAGAAAUAAAUUAACGUAACUUGAGAAGAUAAUUCAAUGAAUGAAAGAUAUAGAACCCACACAACAACAAAACAAAUUAUAAAUAUGAAUUUUUAUGAGAAAAAAAGUCAUUUUGUUAUUAAUUUUAAUAACGCUAUUAAAAAUAGUAUUAAAAGUAUAUAAAUUAAUAAAAUACAUAGUUGAACAAUAAAAGAUAAUAACAGUAUGAAACAAUUGUCGUAGAAAAAAAUAUCGGCAUAAAUAAUUUCUAAAAAAAGAAAUGCCUCAUGUGAAAAUUAAACAAACAACGAUAUUUUUAAGUCGAUACAAGAAAAUUAAUAACAAUUUGACUGCCAUUGUUCAAAUUGUUUGUCGAUAAAAAAUAUUUAGACUGUUGCUUUGUGAUAUCUAUAACUACUAAAAGCUGAUUAUCAAAAAAUAUAUCACAAAAGAUGAUGAUAUUAAAAUAAUAAAAUUAA